GUCAGGCAGAGAGAGAAAGAUAAAAAAACAUUUCUGCAUUUAUCAAGCUCAAAUUCACACCUUCUGAUCGGCAGCCCUGCCGUUUCCUUCAACUUUUACCUUCUCUAGCCAUGCAGCGUUUUGAGCGGAGAUGCGGAACAGAUAGUAAAACGCGUACAAAGUAGCAAUGCGAAAUGAAAAAAGUAUAGAAUGUUUUCAAAUCCAGCUGAAGGAAUGGAGUCUAUUACAGACCAUUGCUUUACUGGCCAUGUUUAAACUCGAAAACUUUGAAGAAGAAACCUCGAGGAGUUUAAGUCUUUUUUAUUGAUAGUAAGCUUUUUGUCUGCAGUUCAAUUGUUAGUGAAACGCCUUUCAGCAUUAAAGGAAGGAGGAACUGGUUUAAAAUGCCAGUCACUUUGUCAAGCAUCAUGCUGGCAUCCUGACUGCUCGGCUAUGGAGUGACACUUUUAACAAUCCAACAUGUGCAGCAUAUGCUGGAUACUGCAGAGACAGCAGUGAAGUAUGCUAUCUGGACUGCACAUUGUUCAUAUUCCUUGUACCAAUUUCAUUACUUCAUUCAUCAUGGAUUGCACAUGCCUGUGACAAUUGUCUUCACCUGCGUUAGGACAGAAGGAUUCCAUGUUUAUUUUAAAUAGUGGCUCAGUGGACAUCAGGCACGUUUUCCAAGCUUGUCACCUCCAGUUUUACACAGUGGCCCCUUCGAUCUGCGGUGAAAACUAAUGUCUGCCAGUAGUAGCACGUCUCCUGUGACUUUACCAAAACCCUUCAUCCACUGUCAGCAUCAAACUGCACCUCCUACCCACUCUCCAUCACCCAGCCCACCGGUGCCACUCUGCGUCCGCCUCUCCAAUGGGAAUCACAGUGUUCCGAGCCCCACAUACUCCAUCCAUGGAGUCUCCUUCCUCCUUCAGAUUGGACUUACCAGGGAGAUGGUCACCCUGGAACCGCACGAUCUGUCGCUCAGCUCUGUGAAAGAUUUGGUCUGCUCCAUAGUCGAUCAAAAGUUCCCAGAAUGUGGAUUCUUUGGCUUGUACGAUAAGGUCUUGCUCUUCCGCCAUGAUCUGAACUCGGACAACAUCCUCCAGCGGUUAAUGUCGGCAGAGGAUAUUCAUGAGGGAGAUCUGAUUGAGGUCGUCCUUUCUGCACAAGCUACAGUGGAAGAUUUCCAGAUCCGACCUCAUGCGCUUUAUGUCCAUUCCUACAAGGCACCAACCUUCUGUGACUACUGCGGUGAGAUGCUUUGGGGGCUCGUACGACAGGGCCUUAAAUGUGAAGGAUGUGGACUGAACUAUCACAAGCGAUGCGCCUUUAAGAUACCUAACAACUGUAGUGGUGUACGGAAAAGACGUCUUUCCAAUGUGUCUCUGCCCGGCCCCUUGCUGGCUGUCCCUCGUCCCACACCAGCGGAUGCUGCCGUUUGCCUGGAAGAGCAGCGCCCCAAUCAGGAGCCAGGUAAACGGAUACCGUCAUGGAGCGGUCGGCCCAUCUGGAUGGAGAAGAUGGUGCUGGGGCGGGUCAAGGUGCCGCACACCUUUGUCAUUCACACGUACACGCGUCCCACAAUCUGCCAGUACUGCAAACGGCUGCUCAAAGGGCUCUUCCGCCAGGGUAUGCAGUGCAAGGAUUGUAAAUUCAAUUGCCACAAGCGAUGUGCUUCAAAGGUACCAAAAGACUGUCUUGGAGUUUUCAAUGGAGAGCCAGCCAGUCCAGGUCCAGACUCUGACACCACGAUGGAAGUUGACAGCAGUGAUGUAAACAAUGACAGCAGUCAAGGGCUGGAAGACUCUGAGGAACCCACCAUGCCAGAAGACAAGAUCUUCUUUAUGGACUCACCCUUCAUGGACCGUGAGAAAGAUGAAGAACCUGUCAAAAUCAUCAGCCCAUCCACCAGCAACAAUAUUCCACUGAUGCGUGUGGUCCAAUCCAUCAAACAUACCAAGCGGAGAAGCUCCACCAUGGUCAAAGAGGGAUGGAUGGUGCACUACACCAGUCGAGACAAUCUUAGAAAGAGACACUACUGGAGACUGGACAGCAAGAGUCUAACUCUGUUUCAGAAUGACUUGGGGGCCAAAUAUUACAAAGAGAUUCCCCUCUCAGAGAUCUUACAGGUGGAGGUUGCACACAAUGUCAGUAGUCUAGCGCUGGAGGGCAAUCCGCAUUGCUUUGAGAUCAUCACUGCCACCAUGGUUUAUUACGUGGGAGAGAAUACUGGCGGCCCCCACUUACACAUCCACAACCCUUCAAUGGCUGCCAGUGGCGUGGGGCUGGAGGUCGCCCAGGGCUGGGAGAGGGCCAUCCGUCAGGCCCUGAUGCCCGUUCCAGUAACACCACAGCCCAGCGUCGGCGCCACUGUGGGACAAAGUAAGGAUCACAAGGAACUAUCCAUCAGUAUUUCUGUGUCAAACAGUCAAAUCCAAGAAAAUGUGGACAUUAGCUCAAUCUAUCAGAUCUUUGCUGAUGAAGUGCUGGGCUCUGGACAGUUUGGCAUCGUUUAUGGAGGAAAACACAGAAAAACAGGAAGAGAUGUGGCCAUCAAGGUCAUUGACAAAAUGAGGUUCCCCACCAAACAGGAGAGCCAGCUGAGGAAUGAGGUGGCCAUUUUACAGAAUUUGCAUCAUCCUGGCAUUGUAAACCUGGAGUGCAUGUUUGAGACUCCAGAAAGAGUCUUUGUUGUCAUGGAAAAACUCCAUGGAGACAUGCUGGAGAUGAUCCUGUCCAGUGAGAAGAGCAAACUUCCAGAGCGCAUCACAAAGUUCCUGGUCACACAGAUCCUUGUAGCUUUGCGACAUCUCCAUUUCAAGAACAUCGUUCACUGUGACCUGAAACCAGAAAAUGUGUUGUUGGCUUCUGCAGAGCCAUUUCCUCAGGUAAAACUUUGUGACUUCGGGUUUGCUCGCAUCAUUGGGGAAAAAUCUUUCCGCCGCUCAGUGGUGGGGACACCAGCGUACUUGGCCCCAGAGGUACUGCGGAGUAAAGGCUACAACCGUUCACUGGAUAUGUGGUCAGUGGGAGUCAUUAUCUACGUCAGCCUGAGUGGCACCUUCCCCUUUAAUGAGGAUGAGGACAUUAACGACCAAAUCCAGAACGCAGCCUUCAUGUACCCACCAACUCCCUGGAAAGACAUCUCUGCAGAGGCUACAGAUCUGAUCAACAAUCUUCUCCAAGUCAAGAUGAGGAAGCGUUACAGUGUGGACAAGACCCUCAGUCAUCCAUGGCUACAGGACUAUCAGACGUGGCUGGACCUAAGAGAGUUUGAAACGCACAGAGGAGAACGCUACAUUACUCAUGAGAGUGAUGAUGCACGCUGGGAGAAGUAUGCUUAUGAGCACAGUCUAAUGUACCCUAAGCACUUCAUCAUGGCUCCAAACUUUGAUGAUAUGGAUGAGGACCCCUAGUGGCCAUAUGAGUGAAAGGCAAUCAAAAGCUUCAGAGAAGGCAUCUGACUAAUGGUCUGUUGCUUCAGAGAUUGAAACACAAUGCCAAUCUGUGGCAGAAUGUGAGAGGAGCAAACUGUUGCAAGACCAGCGAGGCAUUGUACUGCUUUCUGGAACUCAACAAGAGCUGUGGAAGCAUCUCUUACUGUGUAAUAGAAGAUGUUUAUGGUUAGUUGAGUAGAAGUAUUAUUUGGGAGUGCAUUCAAUGUCUUAAUGAGUGUUCUUCUCCAAAAGGUGCUGUUAUAUUUGUUUCUUAUAGAGAUGCAUGUUCUGUCUGUGAAAAAAUUGCAAUAAUAGCUAUAAUUUAAAGAAAAGUUAGUAACGGAUGUGAAUGAAAUAAAACAUUGGGGAGAGUGAUGUGGUAUUUUAAGUUUUGAAAGAAAGCAUUGAACUGGAAUAUGGAUUUCUUUUAUAUUUCUUACCCUUCUGUAAUUUUCUUUUUUGCUUUAUCUUACAAGAUGAUUUCAAUGAUGUGUCGGUUUUUUGCACUAAACAAUACAACCACUGCAGCUGGUCAAAAAGCGUAUUGUGCAAAAUUAUUUAAAUGUUCUUUUUUGGUGAACUAUUCCUUUAACCAGGUCAUGCAUGCAAAGCACCAACCAAUGCAUUGAGUUGUAACAGCAAGAUUUAGGUGAGAGUAGCAGUUUCAUUGUUGUCCAUGGCAGGCAAAGGCACAAAUGAAAAUCAAAUUGCAAUAUAUGAGUAGUGUUUUUACUAGUCAAAUAUUUGAAGCUGAACAAGUUCUUGAUUAAUUGAUUUUUUAUGCACAUCCCUAGAAAUUUGGUUUCUGAAUGUACUGUACUGUAGAUAGUAUAUUGUGCACACACCCUUCCACAUACACAAACAAACCAACAAACACAAUCAUCAUCAUUUGUUGGACAUACUGUUUAAAGAUGCCCUAGUGGAAACUAAGAGAGAUUUGGCUGUUUCUUGUAAAUGAGCUUGGAUAGACUCAACCUUCUGUUCAAUUAGGGGUAUUCGCCAUAUCUUGGUAAAAGAAACCAUUUUUAAGCAGUCCUUUUGACCAUCCAUGAGAUGAAAGCUUUUCUGUACACAGUUGAAAUCUGUGAGAGAAGGAUUGAAAAUUCCAUUACAUCAUUAUAUAAGUAACUCUAUGUUGCUGCUGCAUUGGCAAGUGUCAGUGUUUUGUAUAUUUUAGUACAUUCUGAUUAAAUAAAAACUAUACAUCGUG